AUUCUCACCACACAUUGGUCUCAAGUUAAUGGUACCCAUGUUUGAAGAAACAACAUUUACAAAGUGAAAAUGGGAGUAACUGAAAAAACGAGUUGAACUGUAUAUAUAGCAAGGAAAUUUUUCUGCUAGCUUUAGUUGUAACAAUGGCUUCCCAAGCAGCUCUAGCUCUUUCAAGAAUCCCAGCCAGCACAAGGCUUCCCUACAAGAGCGUCCACUCGAUCCCUACUCAAUGCUCCUCUAAGAGGUUUGAAGUGACCGAGUUUUCUGGACUUCGAGCCAGUUCUUCUGUGACCUAUGGCAAGAAUGCUAGCGAGACAUCCUUCUUUGAUCUGGUGGCUGCUCAGAUGACUCCCAAGGUAGCAGCAUCAACUCCAACUAGAGCAGAAACACUAGCCAAACUGAAGGUGGCAAUCAAUGGAUUUGGACGCAUUGGCAGAAACUUCCUGAGAUGCUGGCAUGGGCGCAAGAACUCUCCCCUUGAUGUGAUCGUUGUCAAUGACAGUGGUGGUGUCAAGAACGCUUCCCACUUGCUGAAAUAUGAUUCCAUGCUAGGCACAUUCAAAGCAGACGUGAAAAUCGUGGAUGACACCACCAUUAGUGUUGAUGGUAACCCCAUCAAGGUUGUUUCCAAUAGAGACCCUCUUCAGCUUCCUUGGGCUGAGCUUGGAAUAGACAUUGUCAUUGAGGGAACUGGAGUUUUUGUGGACGGCCCUGGAGCUGGGAAACACAUUCAAGCCGGCGCCAAGAAAGUCAUUAUCACUGCUCCAGCAAAAGGUGCUGAUAUUCCAACGUACGUUGUUGGUGUUAAUGAAAAGGAUUACAGUCACGAGGUUUCCAACAUUGUAAGCAAUGCUUCCUGUACCACAAACUGUCUGGCUCCAUUUGUGAAGGUUAUGGAUGAGGAAUUUGGCAUUGUCAAGGGAACAAUGACAACCACUCACUCCUACACUGGAGAUCAGAGGCUCUUGGAUGCUUCACACCGCGACUUGAGGAGAGCCAGGGCUGCAGCAUUGAAUAUUGUGCCAACAAGCACUGGUGCUGCCAAGGCUGUGUCUCUGGUGCUGCCCCAGCUCAAAGGAAAGCUCAAUGGCAUUGCACUCCGUGUCCCAACACCUAACGUAUCGGUAGUGGACCUGGUUGUGAAUGUUGAGAAGAAGGGUAUUACAGCAGAAGAUGUCAAUGCAGCCUUCAGAAAAGCAGCAGAAGGGCCAUUGAAGGGCAUAUUGGAUGUGUGUGAUGUUCCUCUUGUUUCGGUUGAUUUCAGGUGCAGUGAUGUUUCUUCCACCAUAGACUCUUCAUUGACCAUGGUCAUGGGAGAUGACAUGGUUAAGGUGGUUGCCUGGUACGACAAUGAAUGGGGUUACAGCCAAAGGGUUGUUGAUUUGGCUCAUUUGGUAGCCAGCAAGUGGUCAGGAGUAUCUUCAUCAGGAAGUGGAGAUCCAUUGGAAGACUUCUGCGAGACGAACCCAGCAGAUGAAGAGUGCAAAGUUUAUGAAGCUUAGAUUAUGGAUGAUAAUUAAAAUUCUUUUCUUAUUGAUUUAAUCUUAUUGAGACUCUGGAUUUUCUAGUGCUUGAAAUAAUCAAAUGCUGAGAAGAGGAAUAUUAUUAUUGUGAAGUAGUGAUGUUGAAGCUUAUUAUCAAUGAACUAUAUAUUAGCUGAGAUAAA